AUGGACAACGCGAGCAGCGGUGUUUCCGUGGGCGAGGUCAUCACGUCCAUCUUCUUGUUGGUCGACACACGCGUCGUUCUCGGCUCCAUUGCACCCAUCCUUCGUCUAGUGAUUCCACAAGCCACCAUUUCGCCCCCGGCUGCCUCUAGGAAUCCCUCCUCUGUUCCUGACAACGACGACGCAGGUCCAGCCACGUUUGCCGGCACCCGCUCCUCGAACCACCCGAGCGAACGAGGAGGGAAUGCGGCUCCAGUGUCCUUCCCAUCCCCCGACCACGCCUCGUACGAAUUAGACGACUACCGUGCAAUCCAAGCGCGCAAAGACACUGACGAGGCCGAGCGACGGCGCCAAGAGAAGAGAAAAGACAAGCGGGCGUGGCUCGAAGAACAAGACGAGAUGAAGUUCUCCCACAGCAUCCAGUUCAAUGCUGUCCCAGACUGGAGUAGUCACUACAUUGCAUACAGCAACUUGAAGAAACUGAUAUACCAGCUUGAGAAGACCGCUCACCAAGGACUCGCUGGCGAUGGCGAGUCUCGACCAUUAAUAUCGACAGAAGACCCCGAGGAAGUCUUCAGCCGAGCAUUGGGCAUCGAACUGGAGAAGAUAUGCUCCUUUUACAAUGCCAAGGAGGGCGAGCUGCGCGAUGAGGUCAACCAGCUACUGCACGACAUCUCGCAGCGCGUCGUUCCAGAUGGAACCACCUCCAAUGCACUCCAACCGACCUCCUCGAACGGACCGAGAAGGCCAAGCUUGGCUCGACAGAUGAGCUCGAGUGGCCUUGUUUCGGACGACGACGUCGAGGAAAGUGCUAGCGACGACGACGAAACGACCGGUCUGACGCAGCCCCGCAAGCAUAGCUUUGGGAGGAGGAGAACCAUUGCCAGUACUACAGGCGGCCAGGGUCACGACUUGACGACCUCGUCAGAGUUCGCGCGCUCCAUACGCAGGCGAAGCACGACCGUCGAUGACUACGGCGAGCAGUCCGCCCUCUUCCCCUCCGGACUGUACUCCUCCGACAUCAUGCUGAAGAAGCGCAUCAUCAGCCUCUACGUCCAGCUGUGCGAGCUCAAAUCAUACGUUCAGCUCAACCGGACUGGUUUCAGAAAGGUGCUCAAGAAGUUUGAUAAAAUUGUCGACAAGGACCUCAAGGCCAAAUACCUUCCCGAGCACGUCGACACUGCCUACCCGUUCAAAGACGAGACCAAGGAGGCCCUCGAGCAGAACAUUGAGAAGAUGGAGGAGGCAUACACCGAGGUCGUCACUCAGGGCGAUCGGGAGGCCGCCAAGCGGGAUCUGCGCUCGCAUCUGCGUGAGCACGUCGUUUGGGAGCGCAACACGGUCUGGCGCGACCUCAUUGGUAUCGAGCGCAGGGCGGAAGCGGCGCGCCUCGGUCAGUCUCUUCUUGGCACUGACCCGACCGCGACGUCGAGGAGGUUGCAAGGCGACGAGGCGCAAGCUGAGACUAAGGGCAUCAGCACACCCAUCGGCCGUUUCAGGGUGCCCGCUUGGCUGCUCAACUCGUCCAUGUACACUCUCCUUGGCUCCUUGGCAGCCUUCUUUGUGCUUCUCUACCUGCCCAUCAUGGAGAAGGCCGAGCAGCAGAACUGCCUGGCCAUGCUGGUCUUGGUCAGUCUGCUGUGGGCCACAGAGACGAUCCCUCUCUUCGUCACGUCCUUGCUUAUCCCGUUCCUGUCGGUGCUACUCAACGUGGUGCGGGAGGAGGAUCCCACCAAGCCGCCUAAACGCCUCUCGUCCAAGGAGGCUACAUCGGCUAUCUUCGCGGCCAUGUGGACGCCCGUCAUCAUGCUGCUGCUCGGCGGCUUCACCCUUGCAGCUGCGCUGUCCAAGUGCAAGAUCGACAAGCGGCUGGCGACCCUGGUCCUCAGCAAAGCUGGGACGCAGCCGAAGACGGUGCUGGUAGCGAACAUGUUCGUCGCUGCCUUUGCAUCUAUGCUCAUCAGCAAUGUUGCGGCUCCCGUCCUCUGCUACUCCAUCAUCGAGCCCAUGUUGCGCACCCUCCCCUCCGACUCAAGCAUGUCCAAGGCCGUCAUCAUCGGCAUCGCGCUGGCCUCCAACAUUGGCGGCAUGCUGUCGCCCAUUGCCUCGCCGCAAAACGUGGUCGCCAUGGGCAUCAUGCAGCCGGAGCCCACCUGGCUCCAGUGGUUCUUCAUCGUCAUUCCAGUCGGUGCCAUUUCACUCAUCCUGAUCUGGCUGCUUCUUCUCGUCACCUUCCACCCUGGACGAGGCACUACCAUCUCGCCGAUUCGACCCGUCAAGGAAAGCUUUACUGGUGUGCAGUACUUUGUUUCUUUCAUCACCAUCGCCACCAUCGCCCUAUGGUGUGCUAGCCACCAGCUCGAGGGUGUCUUUGGCGACAUGGGCGUGAUUGCCAUCAUUCCCAUUGUGCUCUUCUUUGGUAUUGGCAUCCUCACCAAGGAGGACUUUAACAACUUCCCGUGGACCAUCAUUAUUCUUGCUGCCGGUGGCCUGUCGCUCGGCAAGGCUGUCCGGUCGUCUGGGCUUCUGCACACUGUGGCUGAGCUUGUCUCGGACAAGGUGGAGGGCAUGAGUCUGUAUGGUGUGCUGGUUGUUUUCUCCGUACUGAUCCUUGUCGUCGCCACAUUCAUCAGUCACACUGUUGCCGCUCUGAUCUUCCUGCCCUUGGUCUACGAUGUCGGAGUUGCGAUGGAUCAGCCCCAUCCGAAUCUGUUGGUCUUUGGUGGUGUGCUCAUGUGCAGCGCCGCCAUGGGCCUGCCCACCAGUGGUUUCCCUAAUAUGACUGCCAUUAUGAAGGAGGAUCCUGCUGGGCAGAGGUACUUGCAAGUCAAGCAUUUCAUCAGCCGGGGUGAGCUGGUCGCCGCCGCCAUGCUCUCCGCGUUCACAGCCCGUCCCAUCAUCGAGCUGCGGCUGCGGGACAAGUCAAAGAUCGAGUCCAUACUUGCCCAUGGCGAUCGUAUCCUUGUUGGAUUGAACACCGGUGCGCUGCGCGUGUAUCGCCUGAACGACCUGCAUCCCUCGGACGACUCGAAGCCAAGCCCGAACGAACAAGUCGUCGCUAGUCCGCCACAGAAUGGCGAGAGGCCACCGUCGCGGUCAAAUCCUUCCCGACCGACAGACUUGUUACGCGAAAUAGAAAAGUUCUCUACCAGGGGUAUCGAGCAACUCGCCAUCAUCAAGGAAGCCAGCACGAUCAUCUCGCUGUCCAAUUACCACGUCUCGCUGCACCAUCUACACAACUACGAAUUGAUCGAGACCCUAUCUCGAACAAAGAACGCGACGUGCUUUGCCGUCACCUCGAACAUUGUCAAAGAUGCCGAGACGGGCAUUCCCGAAAUCAUCAGCCGACUGGCUGUCGCUGUCAAGAGGAGGAUCCUGCUAUGGUCGUGGCACGAGAGUGAGCUGAGCGAGCAGGUCGCAGAGAUCAGUCUGUCGGAAACAAUCAGGUCCGUGACGUGGGCGAAUGCGACAAAGCUGCUGUGUGGCAUGAACGGGGGCUAUGUCAUGGUCGAUGUCAUAUCGCACGAUGUCGAGGAGAUUAUGAGCCCCGGCACAAUGCAGGCAGGCAACCAGGGUAGUCGCUUCGGUGCCGUCGGCAGCGCUAGUAUGGGCUACAUGGGCUUGGGAGGAUACAUGCCGAAGCCACUCGCCGCGCGACUCGCAGAAGGAGAGAUGCUACUCGCCAAGGAUAUCAACACCCUGUUCGUGGACGACAAGGGCAAGCCAUUAGAUCGGAAACAGAUCCCCUGGCAGUCCGCGCCAGAGUCCAUCGGAUACUCCUACCCAUACAUACUUGCUCUCUUGCAGCCCUCGAAAGGCUCGCUCGAAGUGCGCAACCCAGAGACGUUGACCUUGCUGCAGUCGAUCUCCCUCCCGGGCGCGUCCCAGCUUCACUUUGCGCCUCCGACGUCCAGUCUGGCCCAUGCAGGGAAAGGCUUCCACAUCUCCAGCGAUCGGUGCAUAUGGAAGAUGGAUACAACGGACUAUGACUCGCAGAUCCAAGAGCUGAUACGGAGCACGCAAUAUGAUGAAGCCAUAAGUGUCCUGGGAAUGCUCGAAGAUGCCCUCCUGAAAAAUAAGACGGAGACGCUCCGCGAGGUCAAGAUGCUCAAAGCAGAGGCACUAUUCAGACAGAAGAAGUUCAGGCAAUCGAUGGACCUCUUCAACGAAGACGACGUCCAUGCGCCGCCUGAAAGGGUUCUACGGUUGUUCCCACCCAGAAUCUCAGGGGAGCUAUCAGCAUACCCCGAUCAUGAAGAAGGUUCGCCGCAGCAGACCGACACUCCGUCGAAGAAGACGAAUGGAGCACGGCCGGACAGUCCAGUCGGGUCGGCAGAUCCAUCAUCGCCGCCAAACAUUGGUGGUUUUGCCAAGCUCUUCGGAGGUGGGCAUAAGAAGGCAUCUGACGCUGCCUCUAUCACAUCCAAGAAGGAGACCAAGGAGGGGCCCGAAGCAGAUGACUCGUCGGCCAAUGCUAAAGACACUGAAGGCCAGGAUCCUCUUGUGCUCGAGGGCAAGGAUUUGACAAACGCCGUGCUGGAGCUGAACAGCUAUUUGGCGGGAACGCGCGCUCGUCUACAGCGCGUCAUUGAACCGACCACGGGCCUGCUCAAGCCACGGAGUGACAGCAACGGCAGCCUCGAAGAUGCUGCGGAGCGUUUCUUGCGAACCUCGCCCACUGAUUCUGAGAAGGAACUGGAAGAGACCUUGAGGAAGACAUUCCGCGUGGUCGACACGACGCUUUUCCGAGCGUACAUGUUCUCGCGACCGACUUUGGCAGGCUCGCUCUUCCGCAUUCCCAACUUCUGCGACCCUGACGUGGUCAAUGAGCGCCUGCUUGAGCAGAAUCGCUACAUGGAGCUAAUCGACUUUUUUUACGGGAAGAAACUGCACAAGGAAGCACUUGAGCUUCUAAAGAAAUUUGGCUCCACGACAAAACCUGACCCAGCGGCCCCUACACUGCAUGGACCCGAUAGAGCCAUACAAUACCUCCAGGGACUGUCGCCCGAGAACAUUGACUUGAUCCUCGAACAUGCCAAGUGGGCACUCAAGGCAAACGCAGGCUACGCCAUGGAGAUAUUUGUGGGCGAUACGGAGAAUGCAGAGACGCUGCCGCGCGAGAGAGUACUGGCUUUUCUCAAAGAGCAAGAUUCUCAGCUCGAAGCGCAGUAUCUGGCUCACAUUAUCGAUGAACUUGGCGACGACACACCCGAGUUUCACAACAGACUCGUCGAAUUGUACGUGCGCAACUUGACGACCAUGGCCAAGGGUGAAGAGUGGGAUCGUACCAUGGACAAUUUCCUCAAGUUCCUCCGCGAGUCGAAACAGUACAGCCUGAGCAAAGCAUUCAGUCUCAUACCCCGAGAUGACGCUAUCUUUUACGAGUCGCAAGCCAUCGUGUUGAGCAACAUGGGUCAACAUAAACAAGCGUUAGAAAUUUUUGUCUUCAAGCUGAAGGAUUACACGAAAGCGGAAGAUUACUGCAAUCGUGUGCUUUUGUCACAAGAUACGCCCACAAGCGUCGAGGACCCCGACGACAGUACUCCUUCCAUCUACCACACCCUCCUGUCUCUGUACUUGCAACCGCCAUCACCACAUAAGCCAGAUUUACCGCCAGCUCUCGAUCUCCUCUCCAAGCACGGCUCGCGCUUGCCAGCGACCUCCACGCUCAGCCUGAUCCCAGAUGACAUCCCCGUCGGCGAUCUCGAGGCCUACUUUCGUGGACGCAUACGCGCAGUCAACAGCCUUGUGAAUCAAACUCGCGUUGUUGCUGGCCUGCGCAAGUCUGAGGGCAUUUCCGUGGCGGCGCGACUGCAUCUGGGCGACGAUCAAGAAGGAGGCCAAGGUGGACGGAACAGGCAUGUGACGAUUACGGAUGAGAGACAUUGCGUGGUGUGCCACAAGAAGCUCGGUGGCGGCAUGAGGAUGGGCGGUACGGUUGUUGCGGUGCUGCCGGACAACACAGUCGUCCAUUAUAGUUGCCUGAGUCGAGUACCUGGCCAGCGUCCAGAGAGCUCGAGAGCACCGAGCUGGGGCCGAGGGUUCUGA